AUUAUGGAGCGAAAACAACCUGGCGCAUCAAAAGACGAAUUGCGGUGGAUCGCUUUCAUUGUUGUAGUUAUUCUAGUGUGGAGCCGCGCUUCGGCGCAGAUCAGAUAUUCCAUUGCCGAGGGAGUCAAUGAAGGAACUGCUGUUGGAAAUAUAGCGAAGGAUUUGGGAUUGGAAAAGAAUACAUUGAAAGAGAGAGGAUGUCGCAUUGUUGAGGGUUCAUCGGAGUCGUUUUUUCACGUGGACCAAAACGAUGGAAUACUAUAUGUUGACCGUAUAAUUGACAGAGAGAAGGUUUGUGAGAGAAACACAGCGUGUUUGAUCAACCUAAAAACAGUGCUUGAAAACCCUCUUGAAAUUCAUUAUGUGACUGUGGAGAUUCAGGAUGUGAACGACCAUGCUCCUAGCUUUUCAUUUAAACAGUACCGUCUUGAAAUUUCGGAGUCAGUUUUACCAGGUUUGCGCCUCCAGCUGCAGGCAGCGCAUGACCCCGAUGUUGGUCAGUUUUCUGUCCAAGAGUAUAAGCUCAGUCCCAAUAAUCACUUUCGAUUAGAAGUUAAAGAUCGCGGAAAAGAGGGGAAAAUACCGAUUUUAGUUUUACUCAAGACGCUAGACAGGGAAACAAAGAAAAUUCAUAAGCUACUUCUUUCAGCUAUUGAUGGAGGGAAGCCAAGUAAAUCUGGAACAGCUGAAAUAUUUAUCGAUGUGUUGGACGUUAAUGAUAAUAUGCCAGUUUUCAAUGAAGACACGUACUCGGUACUUGUGAACGAAAACACUCCCACCGGUACAACAAUAGUAAAGGUAAAUGCUUCUGACUUAGACGAGGGGUCAAAUGGUGAGCUUAUCUAUUCUUUAGGUAGCAAUGUAAACCACAGGAUACGCGAACUAUUUCGUGUUGAUCCAAACACCGGUGAAAUUAUUAUUCAAGAUGUGCUAGAUUUCGAAUCAGAGGAAAGUUAUGAAAUUGAUAUACAAGCGUCUGAUAAAGGCUCGGCUCCGUUAAGGACAGACAAAAGUGUGUUGGUGAAGAUUGUUGAUUUGAAUGAUAAUGCCCCUCAGAUAGAGGUCACUUCGUUUUCAAAGGCAAUACCCGAGGAUGCAAGACUGGGAACUACUGUGGCAUUAAUCAGUGUUAUCGAUAAAGACUCUGGUCUUAACGGGAAAGUAAUUUGCUCAUUUAAUGAAGAAGUCCCUUUCAAGUUGUCACUUUCAACACACGACAACAUGUAUUCCAUAAGUACAAAAUCACCCCUGGAUAGAGAAAAGCAGGCCAUAUAUGAUGUAACAAUAGUUGCAAAAGAUGCAGGCACACCCUCGCUGACUUCUGUAAAAAGCAUUACUAUUAUUGUAUCGGAUGUGAAUGAUAACAGGCCGGAGUUUUCAGCGAACCCUUACACU